AUGAAUGAAGGGAACCAACGGGGAAGAACGGAAAAACCUUUCGAACAAAUAGUCGACGGACAAACAGAAGAUUUGGACGGGGAAUUAGAGCAUUCAAUUCUGAACCUGGAAUAUCCGCAGCAACAAAAGCACGCACAUCCGCUACAAACAGAUACAGAUUCCGUGCUGACGAACAUUGUGGUGGAGGAAGUUAUUUCUGUUGUUGUCGUAGUUGGUGUCGGUGUAGUAGUUGAUGUGGAUGGUGUUGUAGUUGUUUGUUCUGUCGUGGUCGAAGUGGUGGUGGUAGUUGUAGGAGUGGUGCUAGUUGUUGAUGUUGUUGUGCUUGUGGUUGUUUCUGUUGUUUCGGUAGUUGUGGUUGGUGUAGUGGAUUCGGCCGUGCUGGUGCUUGUACUGGUUUCUGUGAUCUCGGCCGGUGUGGUUUGUGGUGUUGUGGUGCUUGUGCUUAUGCUCGAGCUCGUGCUCGUGCUCGAGCUCGUGCUUGUUUCGGCCGUUGUGGUCGUGGGAGUGGUCGGUGUUGUUUCUGUUGAUUCUGUAGUGCUGAGUGUGGAUGUUGUUGUGAUUGUGGUCGGUGUUAUUUCCGUUGUGGUGCUGGUUGUGGGUGUUGUUUCGGUUUCAGUUGUGGUCGGACUGGUAGUGGUUGUUGUCAGACUGGUACUACUGGUUGGAGUAGUUGUUUCCGGUUUGGACGUAGUUGUGCUGGUUUGUGUAGUGGUUUGUGUUUCAGUGGAUGCAGUUGUGGAUGAAGUUGUUUCAGUAGUGGUGGGCGAUGUGGUUUCGGUGGUCUCAGUGCUCGGAGUGCUCGCCAUGCUCGGAGUACUCUCCGUGCUAGUACUAGUGCUUGUGCUAGUGCUUGUGCUAGUGCCAGUGCUAGUGCUUGUGCUUGUGCUUGUGCUUGUG